AUGGAUCUCUCACCUCCAUCCUUGACCAGGUCGCCGGCGUCACCUCCAAGUACAAAUUGCUCCGACAGCCCGCCCCUGGACUAUCCCUCGCCGGACUUCGUAGACCCCGUUUUCAAGGUUGCCUCCAUGUACGAGCAGCAGCCGUCUUGCGCAGCGAUGCCUCCUCACCAUAUGGACUCCGAGAACUCGUUGCCACCCCUGGACGUGAUGACCUCAGCUGGGUGGAGUGGGACCGCGGUAAUACACACCUCGUCGACGACGAGCGCGCCGAGCAUCAUGUCGGCGGACUACGAAACCUUCGCCCACUACGAGCCGAACAUGCACGCGCCGUACGGCCACGAGCUGUACCCGCCUCACCACGCGCAGGCGUCCGCGCUCUCGAGCAGCACCCCUCCCCACCACCCGUCUGCCCCCUCGGCGCCGCCCCAGCUCUCCUCCUCCUCGGUCGCCUCGCGCUCCCCGGACCCGUCCGCCCGGCAGCACGCCUUCACGUACUCGCACAGCGUCUCGCCGAUCCCCCGCGUCAAGAUGGAGGGCGCCGCCGCGACGGCCGCCGACUACAGCAGCGGCGCCGAGCUGUCGCAGUACCCCUCGCCCCGCUCCGCCCACACGAUGCCGCUCGAGCCCGGCAGCUACGGCUCGACCGCCGGCAGCACGGGCUACCUCUCGGACGUGCCCUCGGGCUCGUGGGCCAAGUCCGAGUACGGCGCGCUCGAGUCGGCGGACCCGUACUACGCGGGGUUCGCGGGGGACCCGCAGCAGGCGCACCGGCGGCACCAGCACCCGCACCCGCACCAGCACCCGCACCAGCACCAGAUGCAGGCACAGGCACAGGCACAGGCGCAGGCGGCGUCGCAGCAGCAGCUCCGGGUGCCGCGGACGCAGCGGCGGCAGCCGCGCAAGAUGACGACGAAGGAGGAGGCCAACUUCCAGUGCGAGGUGAAGGGGUGCGGCAAGCUGUUCAGCCGCAGCUACAACUACAAGGCGCACCUGGAGACGCACGACGAGAAGCGCGAGUACCCGUUCCCGUGCGGCGUGCCCGACUGCGGCAAGAAGUUCGUGCGCAAGACCGACCUCCAGCGCCACACCCAGAGCGUGCACAUGAAGGAGAAGAACUUUGGCUGCGACUACUGCGGCCGCAUGUUCGCGCGCAAGGACACGCUGCGGCGACACAUGGAAGACGGCUGCCCGAAGCGCUUCGACCUCGGCACGCUCGACCUGCGCGCCGACGGCGCGUACGAGGCGUACCCGGGCCCGCCGCCGCCGCCGCCGCCGCCCCGCGCGAUCCUCGGCAGCUCGCCCGCGCACAUGGGCGGCGCCCAGCAGCUGCCGCCAAUGGCCAUGUCGCACGGCGGCGGAGGCAGCAGCAGCAGCAGCAAUCUCUUAGCGCCGAUGCCGUUCACGAAGAGAUGA